AUGGGUAGCAAUCUGUGUACUCAUUUCACGAAAACAGUCGAACCAGAGCUGUGUUCCAAAUUGAUCGACUUUAUUGUUCACAGACUUGGGGCAACCAUAUGUAUUUCAGUUUUCUUUGCCAGCCAGCAGCACAGGACUCUGGAUGAUUGUUUAGGACUGGAUAUGUCGAAGCUCCUUCACCAGUCAGAGAUUUUAUGUUGUCAGAAAGAGCCCAAGGAGCAUCGGCAGCAGAACCAAGACGAUUAG